AUGCAGAGACAUCGAGGAUACGGCGACCAAAUCCGCGUAUUUUGCGACGGACACUCAGAGGUGUGGUGUUGCCGCAGAAUGACUUGGUGUCCCACAUUGUCUUCAGAUUUAGCUUUGAGGAGUCGUGUAACUAUAGCUGACACGCUUUGGUGUACGCGUCAAGCUGCGAUACCAUCUAUGCAAGACGUGGCAUCGGUUAAAAUUGAAAGCAACAAACAUGAAAGGCAGAAGCGGCAGUGA